AUGAGGUUGAUAGCUGCAGAGGUUGGUGGGUCUGUUGAAGCUAAUCCAGUAAAUGCACAGGUUGAGCUUUUUGAUGCUUUAUUAGAUGGAUGCAGAGAAGUAGUUAAAGGAGGAACUAUGGACCCUAAGGCUAAUGAUGUAUUAAGUCGAGUGGAAGAACUUCAACUCCUUGCAAAACGAGUAAACUGCUAUAAUGAUCCAAUCUCACAGUUUCAGGCUUUGAUGUACCUCAAACCUGCAAUUUGGUCUAAAGGUUGUGGCUGGAAUCAGAGUAGGCUUUUUCUCACUACAUAA